UAUUUAAAUUUAAAAAUGGAAUCACAACCAGAAAGUCAUCUUUUAAAACUACGUAAAGAUACAAAGGAGAAUGUUAGGAAAAUAUACAAUUUGGACAAGCCUGGUAGACUGGAAGAAGCGAUCAAAAUAUUGCAGCACUGGAUUCAGAAACAGGAUCAUAUCCUCAAGAAGGAUUGGAAUGCAGAUUAUUUGGAUAAAACGUUAAUAGCCAGCAAGGGUUCCGUAGAAAAGGCUAAGAAGCAGAUAGACAGGUUAUGUACCAUGAAGACGUUGAUACCAAAGUUCUUUGAAGUCAUCAAUGUCAAGAAGGAACUGCCCACCAUUUUGGAUUUGGCGAUGGUGAUGCCGCUCCCGACACAAACAGAAGAAUAUUACAGGGUGAUCUUAGUGAAAAUUGACACUAAAGAAAUAAAACCUGAGUUCUUCAUGAUGUAUUUCCAGUACUGUUUAAGUGUGGCAGAAUACAUAAAGACACACGACUAUGCGAAUGGAUUCAUUUUAGUUUAUGACUGCAGAGAACUGAAUUUAGCAGAAGUGAUAACAAAAAUCAGUACUGUGGAACUACAGCAAUUUAUAACUCUUUUAAUUGAAGGAUACGGUGCAAGACUGAAAGGCAUACACAUAGUGUCAGAGUCAAAAGCGAUAGAAAUGCUAAUUAAUAUAGUGAAACAGUUUCUAAGCGAGAAGGUUGGUAACAGAAUACAUGUGCAAAGAAGCAUAGAAGACUUGCCUAAAGUUGUGCCGAAAGGAAUAUUACCUGUUGAAUAUGGGGGUAAUGAGAAAUCUAUUAAAGAAUUACAAGAGGAAUGGUUGGAAGCAAUAACUUCGGAAGAACACAUGGAACAUCUGAAGGUGAUGUACAAAGCCUGCACUGAUGAAACGAGGAGAAAUGCUGGGAAGUUCAAUGAAGAAUACAUGGGCAUGCCAGGAUCUUUUAGAAAUUUAAGCGUAGAUUAAGGCAUUUUUGUCAAAUUUAAACUUUGUGUAGAA